AUGCUGGAUGAUGCAUUAAGCCUGCGCGCAGUGCAGUGCCACGGAGAGGCGUCCUCAAUAUCCGUGCCGAUCCGUCAUCCCCCCCUCCCCUGUCCCUCCUCCGCUGUGCUAUCCUCUUUGCGCAGAGCCCCAGAAAUUGACGCAGCGGCUUGCCCCAAAGGUCUCAGCCACGCACUCGUAAAGUGUGGUGCUGGCUGCAACCCCACUAAAACCAUCAAACUCUGCCCGACGUCGCGGCAGGUGAGGUCUGGGAUGCAGGAGGAGGUGCCUACACGGCUUGUGCGUCCGACUGGUCCCUGCUGCUGCGCUGGCUGCUGCCCUGUCUGGUCCGUGGGUGCCUCCUCUCCGGUCGUCUCUCUCCCCCUCUCCUCUCCUCCACCCAUCUGUCCUCUUCCCUCCCCCUCUCUACCCUCCCCCAACCCUCCCAACCCCCCUGCUCAAUCCCCUGGCCCGUCUGCUCCCCCUGUCGUCCCCUCUGCCCACUUGUCCCUCGCGCCACCCGACCCCGCAGCUGAUGCUGUCCCCAUUGCCCCCCGUCAUCCGGCUGUCUUGCCUCGCCCCUCUGCUCCACCGGUCCCUCAGCCUGUGUCCCCUCUCCCACCACCGGCUGUCCCUGCAGUCUCGCUCAAGCCGCCUCCAACUGUGUGA